ACUUCCGGAGUGUUUACCCCAGCGUGUUUGGGACUAGGGAUAAUCAGAUAAAUAAUUACAAUUUUGUUGCAUUGAUUUGCCUCCUAUUACAACUUGGUGCAUGACUGCCACUCGCAGGAGGUAUUAUCAGCGUGCUUUUCUAGGGGUAAGCUGGCAUAACAGCGGUUGAUGCGCAAGUAGCGAGGAAGCGAGACAACGUGACCCCUGACCUAAGUUUGGCUGUCACAUCGGCUGAUCGGAAGAUGGCUGACUUCGGGAACUACCUGUAAUAAAGUGUCAAUAUGACUGAAAAUUCGGAAGAUACUGUCUGGGUAGGACCCAGGUCAAUGGAGGAAUUACAGGAAUUGAUUGCCGAAAAGGAUAAUAUUAUCAGUCAUCAGUGUGGCAAGAUAGAAAGUUUGCAAGCCGAACUGACUCAAGUGAAAGAAGAACGAGACCAAUUGCUGAGAAAAUUAUCCGUAGUAAACAGCCCUGAGGAUGCCACACCAGGGGAGGACGGCGUUGGCGGGUCGAAAGUUGGAGACCGCAAGCAGUCCGUGGGAUCUCCACUUGAGUCACCGCGGAGCUCAAAACUUGUCAAUCAGGGGAGUAUCAGCUGUAGCCGAAUCCAGAGACAACGUUCCUUCAAGAGUUCCAACGAUGACGUGAUCAAGCGUUCUCGGACACAGUCCGUGUCGUAUGAAUUGUCUCAGGACCUACAUGACAAGCAAGUUGAAAUGCUAGAGCGCAAAUACGGAGGUUCCAUCAGAUCCCGCCGAGCAGCUAAGACCAUUCAGAGAGCUUUCAGACAGUAUUGCAUGACCAAGAACUUCCAGAAACUCAGACAUUCUGUUGGGGAACGAAGACUAUCAAAGCGUUUGUCAGAACUAGGACGCAGCAACACAAUCUGGACCGAUCGUUUCAUCACCGAUGGGAAGUUUGAAGCUUCGGAUGUAGGUUCGGAUAGUUCUUUUGGAAGUGAUGUCAGAAAGAUGGUUGCGGAAUUCGAAUCUGGCCGUGACCACAGCAAACUUUAUCACCAAAUGUCAUUUGACCAUGGAGUCAAAAUGGAUUCUCAAAAGGCACGGUUCUCUAGACGUGGAAAGAAAUUGGAAAGAUCAGUUGAGAUAGAUAUAUCAGACAUUCCAUGUGAGAAGGAGAAGAAAGGCAAGCCUGGGGCAGGCCUGAUCGAAGAAACAAAUAAUAAUCGUAAUUCCUACCCAGAAAUGAAUGACAGUAGUGCCAGUGACUCUCCACAACCAACACCUUUAGAAAGUGCAGUAGAUCCUCAUAGCUUGGACUUCGAGACCUUACUGGAAAGCAAAGAGACUGACAUCCUCACAGAUAGUUUUCAUAGUGAUAGUAUACAUAGCGAAAGUAGUCAGGAGGCGAGCACGCUGACGUUAAGUCAUCGCCCAUCCGCAUCAUCGCUUGGGUCUGACUUCAGUGUCAAUACAACUGCUGACAGUGCUCGAGGUUCGUCAGCAUCAUUUGACAGUUUCCGCAACCUGAACUCCGAGUCAUGUGAAAAUGUCUCAGUGGCUAGUGAUGUGCAAAUUAAGGUGGACUUGGCUUCUCCAGAGGAUACGAGACUCAUUGAACAAAAUCAAACAUCGUCGCCAAAGGAUGGCGUGAAAUACUACAUGAACUCACAGGUGAAACUACGAUCUCGAAAACCUGGCGAGGAGAAGGUAAAGCCAGCGCCCCCUGCUCGUGCACCGGAUACAUCUCCGAUCUGGAAAAGAAAGGGCAAUGGCGGGACGGUCAAUGGUAAUAAUAUUGCCCCGGUGAAUGCCGUGAAAGCUGAAGCGAAACGUAUGAGCAAUAUUUCUGAAACGAGUGAACCAGAUAGUAUUGACGGUCAGUGCUCUAGCUCCCCAAGUUCCGAGAACAUCAGCACGGAGAACAUUAGUAUUUGUAGUGAGAACAGCAUUAGUUAUCAGAGGAGACUACGGUUAAGUGUCACGCCCGACCAACAGACCAUGCCAAGAACUAAUGACAAGCAACGCAAGAGGGCAUACCGAAUUGGACUCAACCUUUUCAACAAGAAACCAGACAAAGGGUUGAACUUCCUACUGGACCAUGGAUUUUUAGAGGGCUCCCCACGAAGUGUGGCAAAGUUCUUCAUCCUACGGAAAGGUCUGAGCAAGCAGAUGAUAGGAGAAUAUCUGGGCAACUUGCAGCAACAGUUCAACAUGGAAGUCCUACACUACUUCACAGAAGAAAUUGACCUAGCUGGACUGCAGGUGGACGUUGCGCUACGAAAAUACCAAUCCUACUUCAGAAUGCCGGGUGAAGCCCAGAAGAUCGAGAGAUUGAUGGAGGCAUUUGCUGACCGAUACUGUGUGUGUAACCCUGACCAAAUAAAGAACUUCAAGAACACGGACACUAUCUUCCUCCUGGCCUUCGCCAUCAUCAUGCUCAACACUGACCUCCACAAUUCCAACAUUAAACAUGACCGCAAAAUGAAACUGGAAGACUUCAUAAAGAACCUCAGAGGUAUUGAUGAUGGUGGGGACGUGGACCGGGACCUGCUUGCUGGUAUCUACGCUCGAGUCAGAGAACAAGAGUUUCGCUCUGGUGUGGAUCACGUGUCACAAGUCGCCAAGGUGGAACAGACAAUAGUUGGAAAGAAACCGGCUCUUACCCUACCCUGGCGACGUCUGGUGUGCUACUGUCGACUCUAUGAGGUCCACGACCCAAACAAAAAGGAAAAAAUCGGUCUCCAUCAGAGAGAAGUGUUUCUGUUUAACGACAUGAUCCUCGUGACAAAAAUCUUCAGCAAGAAGAAGACUGGAAUAACAUAUGCUUUAAAGAACUCCGCAUCUCUCUGUGGAAUGCAGGUUUUCCUAUUUGAAACUUCAAAUUAUCAAUUUGGCAUUCAGCUGAAUAACACUUUAGACGGCAAAGUUAUACUAACUUUCAACGCCAGAAACGACCAUGACAGGCAGAAGUUUGUAGAAGAUCUCAAAGAAGCCAUUAUGGAAACCAACGGCAUGGAACAGCUGCGCAUAGAAGAGGAACUACAUCGACAUCGGACCAACCACAACACGAUAGAGAAGCACUAUGCAAAUGACGACUCACGGGUACUAAUGUAUAUCGAUCACAUGAAGCCCUCAGACCCUGCCGUAAAUAGACUGUAGCCUGAGUGCGGAGGCUUGAAGAAACACACUCUCUCCAACUCCCUCACUGACUUGUGUGAAGCUCCAGGGAUGAAAAGAGGUAGUAGUGGUGCUUCGCUGGAUAGCGGGGUGGUAUCUGGUAGUGUCGGGAGUGCCAGCAGCCGAGAGGAAGCCCCCCUGAGCCCUGGAGCCUCCCACCUACACAACCUGUCCUCGGGGUCACAGGGGGGUGUCACAAAGGGACAAGGACGACGUAACAAGCUCUCACAGGUCCAACUGAAGGCUGGGCUUCCGGAGGGGACAGAGGUGUGAUCAGGCAGCGCUAACUUAGGGCACUUCUCAUGGAAACUUUGGAUGUCUCGACAUGGGUUGCAGGCUAGGGAAUCUGGUUUCUGAACCUUCGGACUUCACAUUUUGGUCUCUCUGACCCAAGGCCUAAUGAUUCUUCGUUGGCCUCUAGAUGUUAAAGGUCUUAUACAGCAUUGCUCUGGCUGGGUUAUAUUCUGACCAGAGAUUUGACCUUCACAUAUUUAGAUCCUAGAAUUUACGUAGGAUUUUGUUGCCGAGGCUUUUUGUCCACCAUUAGGGCCUCAUUUACUUCAUUUGUGAAUAGACUCCACCGAUCUGUGGGCACUUUGCUAGCAACAGACUUUGCUUCUGAGUUAUAGUAAUGGAAGAGGAUUACAAAAGAUACCGAAUGUUUAUGUGAUGGAGCUGAAAUUAAGUCAGGAAGCUGUGGCAGGUAUUCUGGCUUUUGUGGACCAUAUUGUUACCGCAGUUGAAUCCUGGACACUUGCUCGGUCAGGAACCUGUGGAGGUCAAGGUCAAGGUCAAGGUCACUCUCUGGGACCAUACUGCGACCUCGAUUGAGGCCAAACUCCCUCUCAGUAGUAGUAAGACAGUAGAUGAGUCAGAAACCUGUGCUGCAACACUUUGGGACCAUAUUGUUACCUCAGCUGAGACUGAACUCCACCCUUCCCCAGACACUGCUAGAUUCUAGAAGAGUGCCGUUGUCUUUCAGUUCACAGUAGGCACAGCAGGAGGUUCAGUCAACACAGUCUAGAUUCAUCACUUGUGAGACAAUGGUUAUGGACAUUGAUAGACUUUACAUGGAUGGUGUAAGAUCCACUCUUUAAGUGCUGUGAUUGUAUACGAAGUAGCUAUGCACGGACGUUAAGCCUGACAGAGUUGUCUGCCCUUAGGACGGACUCAGGCUGUUGGAUUAAUCUGGGAACUUUUGUCAGUCAAGACAGAUGAGUGCUUGUAGGGAACUACGAAACGAUGCCAGUGAAGUCUUCACCUAGAUAAAGGCUCCUGCGUGUAGAUGAGUGUCGUUAACAUCAGUCCUACAUGGCCGACAUAUCAGUCUGUCUGUGUGUCUCUUUCUGUCGUAGAGGAACCUCACUUCCGAGUUCUAUAUAAGUAGUCUAGAUUGGUCUGAAGUGACGAGAGUGUAAGAUUGACACUAAGUGUGAAAGCUGCGAAUGAGAACAAACUAUCUGCAGAAGUGACAGCCAUUUUCUUUUUCUUUGUUCCAUUGAUGAAAUGUAUAUACAAAUAAUUGUUAGUAAUUAUUUAGAGCCAAAGUUGUAUUUGGCAGAAUGUUAUGUUAAAAUGGUUAAUUUAUUACAAAAUUCCUAUACCAAACUAUCUUUGUUACUAUUUAAUGCAUGAGUAUACAACCUCUGACUAUUUAUGCACGUCAUAAUAUCUCUUCCUGAUGUCAGCGUCAAGCAUGGUCAGAAUUAUUGUUAAAAUUUCUCAAGUUCUGCUUUACGGCCAGACCAAUUUUAUUUCUUGUUUUGCGGAUUUUUGUCCUCAGAAAACCAAAAGGCAGGAGUCCUCAGAAAACCAAAAGGCAGGAGGGGGAAAAAAACUAGAAAGAAAUCACCAGUCAAAGUAAUAUUCCUUUUAAGUACUUAAAGUAUUUUACUUUUGGCCAUUUAUGAAGCGUAUAUGAGACAAGAAACAAUCUAAAAAACCUUUUUGUAAGUUUACAUUUUUCGCCAAUAAAAACAUUAGGAUUUUAUUUUUUGAACAGGGAAAAUUAGUUGGGGUUUUUUCUUCUUCUUGAAAAAAUACAACCGGCGGUUCUGUAAAACAAGAAUUAAAUUGGUCUGGCCCAAGCUUGUAUUCAAACAAUUCUCCAUUUUAAUUAUGCCAUCUGAUUUUAAGUCGUAGUGAUAACGUCAGUAUUAUUGUUAACCUUGAGGACAUGUUCAUGGAAGUCUAACUCAACUGUUCUGGAACUAUUUAGUAUUUGAUUUGAUUGUACAUAAAAUGAAGUAUUCUAUACACUUGUUAAUCAGAUUUUGUUGUCAGGUAAGCUUUUUUUCUACAUUUGUAUAUUUUCCCUAGUGUCUUCUCACCGUUUCUCCUGCAACUGUUUGUCAUCAUGUCAGUUUUACAUAUUCAGAACAAAGUUGUCAAUUUUAAAAAUUGAAUAUUUAUUGUCACUGUAGAACAAAGUGUUAGCUAGAGUGCAUGGGAGGAACGCAUGAAGGAGAGAUUGGUUAGACAUUGUACAGUUGUAAAUACCAGUGUGAAGAGAUCUGUAGACACGCUGUGUCCCAACCCUCACUGACUGUAUCUUUAGAGGUAGCUUAUUUAUGCAUCCUAGACAACUCCUGUACAUACACGAGCUGUACUCGAGCUCCUAACACCGGUCACUGCAGCCUCUGAUUGGCUAGUUCUGUACAUAGUUUGUGUAAGAAACUCUAGGGGAGGUAACUCUCUGGUAGGGGAGAUAACCUAACCCACUACUCGGGUGUUGUUUUCUCAAUGCCAAAAAUAAAUCAGAAACAAAU